AUCACUGCGCGCCAUCUGCGGCCGUCCGUCCCGUGUUGAGCGUGAUAUUAUUCAGCCGUGUCCACCCAACGAGUUAUCGCCACAUAUUUUGCUACCUUCGUGAUAGUUAUCAUUGUUUUAUUUCGUUUUUGUUGACGCAGGCCAAAUCUUUAGUAAACAUGGAUCCUACGGAGGCCGCCGCCGACGAGAAAACGACGACGGCGGGCUCGUCGCUGUCGGCGGCGCAGAGGCGAGCGGAGAUUCGCAGGAGGAAGCUGCUCAUGAAUUCCGAGGACAGAAUUAACAGAAUUGUGGGCUUCGCCAAGAACGAGGCUGACAGCAACGGGGGGUCCCCACGGCGUCCGACAGAACCCCGUUUCCACCUGGACCUUGACCGGACGGAGAUGUGGUCGUCCUCGCAACCCUGCCCGAGACCCUCCCCCUUCCUGACGGAGUCCAGCAGCCUGUCCCGCGGCGCCACCCCGGAGAGGAGGGACUCGCCCCUGCCGGGAGACACGGCGGCGGCUGACGGCCACCUCCGAGGCGUCCGGCAGAGGCCCAAGGCGGAGCUGCCGGCGGGUGGGGGCGACCCCGGCGGCCUCCAUCAGUACCUGUCCCGCUUUGACGACGCCAUGAAGCUGAGGGGCCAGCUGGCCAAUGAGAAGCCGGCCCAGGACGCGCAGGCGGACGGCGAGGACUUUGACCCCUUCAGCGUCUUCAGGCUCGUCUGCAGCGUCCUCCUUGCCGUUUUUGUCAGAGUGUUUGUCUGCAAGUAUCUGUCAAUAUUUGCCCCAUUUCUGACGCUGGAACUGGCCUUCAUGGGCUUGUCCAAAUACUUUCCUAAGGUGGAGAAGAAGGCGCAGACCACGGUGCUCACCGCCGCCCUGCUGCUGUCUGGCAUCCCCGGCGAGGUCAUCGACCGCUCCAUGGACACGUACCGGCGCAUGGGCGACGUCUUCGCCGACCUCUGCGUCUACUUCUUCACCUUCGUCCUCUCGCACCAAGUCUUGCUGCUCCUGGGGUCCGAGGCCGGCGAGACGGGCGGUGGGGCCUCCGUGGCGGCGGUAACGCCUCAGUGACCGAACCGUACCCUCCGCGGCCCGUCUUGGCAAUUGUACCACGAAGGUACAAUUGAGUGUUUUCAAACGCAGUAAACUGGACAUUAUGAGGAUUGUUUGGUUGUGUCUUGUAAGUCAAGGUACCAGUCUACUUGCAGCGGGUGUUUCGCAUCUUGGGUGGAGUGAUUGCGCUUUUGUGUCGUGCUUCCGCCUCAAGUGUUUUCUAUAUACUCACCUAUGCCUCUUUAAUAUCUUCCCCACUAAUUUAUUAUUGUGACUUUUUUCUUUUUCUCGAGACCAGGCCCAUUUACUUGUUGUGUCAUGUGUACUGGAUUUUGCCCUUGAAAAUACAUAAUGCAUAUACAUGUCAAGUAAUUCUGUGUUGCUGUGGUACAAACUUUAAACCAGUCAUACCAAAUAAAUACCACUUGUCUGGU